AUGGAGAAGCAGGCGUUUCUUCCACCACAACCGCAAAGCGAAGAAGGCUCGAGCUCACGACGAACCAGCUACCAUGAUGAGACCGAUUCAGUGGAUUACAGCGCUGCUGCCCCGCAGAAACAAAAAGCACGGCGUAACAGCAUGUGGGCAAUAGCCGGAAAACUUGCCUUCAUACCACUAGCAGUUGGGAUCUUUUACCUUGGGCGAAUAACUCACGACAUGACACCCGCACGACCACCAGAGCCUGUAUCGCUAGGCAAAUGCUCCCCUGACUGGAAAGAGUCCAAAGCCCGAGGCUGUGUCUACGACUUCAUGCUCUCCACAUGGAUGCAUCCCAGAUGCUUCAAUGAAGAGAUGCACGAGAAAUACUUGGGUUAUAUGAAGUGGAGGAACACGACGUACUGGUACGAACGAGAACGUAUCAAUGAAGUUCCGUUUGAUGUGGCUGCCAGUGGUGAACAUGGCGAAAUCUUUACAGACGGCACCAUCCAUCACAUGCAUUGCAGCUAUGUCUGGGAUAGGAUCACGUAUGCAUCCCAUUUCAAACCUCGAGUUCUGGAUUCUCUUUGCCGAGACCCGAAGCAUGUCGAGCACUGCAUCUUGUACAACGGAAUCCCGCAGUCUUGGGAAAUCGACUUGCCAAACAUCACUCGGGUAUACAAUGAGCCUCACGAGGUGGACUGCUUGGUCGGGUAG